AUGGGGUCCAAUGGAGACCUCAACGCAAACUCACAAUGUCUCAGCAGCACUGGGGACCUGGUCCUGGACAAAGCAGUCAAACAGUGGAUGGCCUGGGAUAAGACUGUCAUAUGCACAAUUCACCAGCCCAGCGCUAAAGUGUUUGAACUCUUUGAUAAGCUUUAUGUCCUCUUUCAAGGCCAGUGUAUUUACAGAGGAAGAGUAUUGAGCUUAAUCCCUUAUCUCAGAGAACUGGGACUCAACUGCCCCACCUAUCACAACCCCGCAGACUUCAUAAUGGAGGUGGCCUCUGGUGAAUACGGUGACCAGACGGCUUGGCUGGUGAAGGCCGUUCAAGAGUGCAAGUGUGAGAAAGACUACAAAAGUGAAAUGAAUGGUAACGGGGUCCAUAAUCCCUUCCUGUGGCACAGACAUUCCGAUGAGGACUCUUCGUCCUCAGAGGGUUGCCAUAGUUUUUCUGCCAGCUGCCUGACACAGUUUUGCAUCCUUUUCAAGAGAACUUUUCUCAGCAUCAUGAGAGAUUCGUGUUUCACGAAGCCUCGCUUUGCCCACCACUACCAACACACAGAUCCGGGGGAAGACGAUCUAGGAGGAGGAGAGGAACACAAGGAGCAGACACAGAAGGUGGACAUGAUCAGUACUCAGAUUGUGUUCCCAGUGGCCUACUGCAGUAUAGUGUACUGGAUGACAUCUCAACCUUCAGAUGCAGUUCGUUUCAUACUUUUCCUGGCUUUGGGGACACUCACGUCACUGGUUGCGCAGUCACUUGUACUGUUGAUAGGAGCAGCAUCCACGUCAUUACAAGUAGCAACUUUUGUCGGUCCUGUGACAGCCAUUCCUGUGUUGCUGUUUUCAGGCUUCUUUGUCAGUUUUGACACCAUUCCAAAAUACCUCCAAUGGAUAUCAUACAUUUCCUAUGUCAGAUAUGGUUUUGAAGGAGUCAUUCUGUCCAUCUACGGGCUUGACCGUGAAGACCUGCACUGCGACAAAGAUGAGACGUGCCACUUCCAGAAGUCUGAAGCCAUUUUGAAGGAGCUGGAUGUUGAGGAUGCAAAGCUCUACCUGGACUUCAUUAUACUGGGCAUCUUCUUUGUGUCGCUCCGUCUGAUCGCCUACUUCGUCCUGCGAUAUAAGAUCAGUGCUGAGAGGUAGACUUGUGGAAGACCUGAUGGACUGUUGAGACUUUCCUGCUCAGGGAGGGCUAGGCUGAGGAAGCCAAAGCAGAGAGGGUUUGUUCCCUCCAAACUGACCAUCGCCAUGUUUUCCCACACUGGACAGAAACCUGGGCUCAACUUGAAGUCACAGUAUGUAGAUGCCCAGCUUUUGCGUGCUUUUAAAAGAAAACAAAGCGCUUAGAACGCAACAGUUUUGGGGCUCAACCAAACGUCUGUACGGAUAGAGAGAGAGACAUGGCCGCGCUUAAGAAAACUCGUAGAAACUGAUGAAAGACUUUCACAGGAACUGAUUUUGACUGAAAAAGUAAUAUGCUGUAUUGCGUGAUCAUAUUGGAGAGCUCGAAUCUGGCCCUUGUGAAAACGUAGUGUGUUUAAUUGUAUUAAAUGUGCACUUUUAGUGUGCUUCAAAUCUUAAAAAGUACUUGCAGAUAAUAUAAUAUUAAUUAAAUAAAAUACCACUUAAGAGAGUAGACUGUCAUGAGUGUUUCUUAAUACAUUUAAGUACACUUUUAAAAAGUGCACUUUGUAAUAAUGUCAAAUCAAAAGUCUUAGUUUAAUAUAAAGUACUUGAUUAUAAUUUAAACUGUAGUGUGUUAUUUGAUAUUACAUUUCAAGGUAAUAUAUUUUAUAUGUGCUAUAUUGUAACUUAAACAUUACAAACAUGAAUAUACAAAUAUAUUUAAAUACAUGACAUGCAAGUUUUAAUCGAAACCACAUUGAAGUAUAUUUUGUUUUACCAUAAAUGCUUUUCGGUACAUUCAGCAUUAAACUUUAACCAUAUUUCACUGACAAUAGAAGUAAUUACAUAUAAUGGUGUACUUAAGUGGGUCAAGAAAGCGCUCUAAAUUAUCGGGCUGAUUACAUUUAAUAUAAAUGUACACAAAUGCCUUUUCAUUUAAUUGCAGUUAAAAUGUGAUUAAGUGUGCAAAAACAGUACAAUUGGUUUACAAGUAUAUUCUUUUAAAUUAAAUUAUUUCUUCAAUAAGUACUAUUUUUAAAAAGUAUGCUAAAGUGUGCUUCUUUUUCACAAGGGUGCCCAGGUUGAGCACAUAGAUGUAGAUUGUUUUUGUUCCUAUUUAUGGUCUGAUGUAAAGGACAAUAAUUAAUUGCUGGUCUACCUGACAUUCCUUCUACAUUGCUGAAAAACUCUUAUUCUGUCGGUAAUGGCUGCUUCUCUUGUAGUGGAAUGAUAACUUGAAAAUCAGAGGAACAAAUAAAGCCAUAGUAUGCACAUACUGUGAUAAUUAAUAUAACACUCUGAAAGAUAGCUAAAAGCCCAAGAUAACUUGAUCACAUUAGAAUGAAAAAGGAAAAAUGCAUCAAAUCCUAACUGUGUGUAAUUUUUGUGCCACUAGUGUCACCAAACACAACUGCAAACAUAAUGACAGUUUUGAAAAAGGUUUCUUGAACCCCUUCUGUCAUUGGUUGAGCAAACAGAUCCAUUACAGAUGCUGUAAAAAGUAACUGGCUUGCUGGGUAAUGUGGCAUGUGGUGACAUUUAAUUCAUGCUGACAUUUUGGGUGUGUACUUAAAAAAAAUAAAGAUCUGGGAAUGUAUUUUAGGAUUAAAAAGCACAUGCUUCAGCUUUAAAGCUCAAUACAGCAUGUUUGGAAAAUUGGUCAAUAGAGUUUAAUGACUUUUGCCUGUGUUUAUGGGGCCACAUUAUGCACAGUACAUCUGAUAAACCAUGUUCAUAUGCAAAUAAGAAUUUUGCGAGCUUUUGCAAAAUGCAUGGCUUUUAUUUGUUCAUUGAAAUGUCGAUUAUUGGAUAUCAUCACUGUUAACAAACUCAAAGUUGGCAAAUCAUUAGAUUUUCUUCCUACAUUCAGAAAUGUCUUUGUGUUUUACAAUUUCACGUUUACUCUUCUAAAUGCCUUUGAAUUUCCUGAAUUAUUGAUUCAAAGGUCAUAUAAGUAAUCAUAGAGGAUCUCACACACCUCCAUGUGGCAUUUAUCGACCAAACAUUUUUAUUAACAUUAAAGGGUCAUUGAUUAAUGCUUUAUUCUUUGUUGACAUCUAUGCACGGAUUUAUGGGACAAUCAAAAAAUAACAAUGCAAAAGUGAAAAUGGAGACAAAAAUGAAGAAGAAUGUUAUUUAUUAUCUGUGUUCUUUGUAUUAAUGUCCACAUUGCAUAUGUUUGGUGACCUUUGAGCUGUAGGUCCCCAGAGCAUUAUUCACUAAACAUUGCAGGCACAAUGUGAAUACUGAGCUUUAAUUCAAAUGUUAUGUCCAUUAUAAUCAUACCAAACCUUUGCUGUGGACCUUGAUGUGGAAAUCGAUGCACUCUUGCUAGAUAUAUUACCUCUGUUCUUUUGGUAUUUCUGCAUAGAAUGUAGAGCAUAUUUUUUUGUCUGUUUUUAAAUAUAUGUUAAUUGUAUAUUGUUUUUAUUAUUUAGUUUGCUUCUUUGAAUCUUGUACUUACAAUAGGAAAUUUAGAAUUAAAAUGAAAGAGGUUGCUGUAGACAUUCAACGUUUUA